CGGUCAUGUGAUCAGCUGUGUCCAAUCACAGCUGAUCACAUGGGGCAUGUACACUGAUCAUCAGGGCACUGAUGAUCAGUGUGCCCUGAUGAUCAGUGUAGCCCCAGCAGUGCCACGUCAGUGUUCAUAAUUGCCAUGUGCCAGUGCCACAUCAAUGCCACAUAUCAGUGCAUACCAGUGCACAUCAAUGCCACAUAUCAGGGCCCAUCUGAGCUGCCUUUCAGUGUCACCCAUCAGUGCCACCUAUCAGUGCUGCCAGUCAGUGCCAUAUAUCAGUGAUGCCUGUCAAUGCCCAUCAGUGCCACCUAACAGUGCCACAUAUCAG